AUGUUACGUUUACCUCAGAUUGGACGAAUUAUUGCCGUUUUCAGGCCAAAAGCAACAAAUAAUUUAUUAACAUUUGGACUUCGGACAACAGCAGUUGCACAAAAAACACAAUGGAGAGGAAAAGCUACACAAUCCCCCAGGGAAUCCCGAUCAUUUGCCAUGAGCCUUUUCCGUGGGCAGGCGAUAACCGAUCAAAUCUUCCCAUAUCCAGAAGUUUUAGACGAAGAUCAAAAACAAACUUUGACGGAAUUAGUGGAUCCAUGUGCCAAAUUUUUUGAAGAAGUGAAUGAUGCAACUAAAAAUGAUCAGAUUGAAAAAGUUGACGAUGAAACAUUACAAGGCCUUAAAGAGAUGGGAGCUUUUGGACUGCAAGUUCCUCUGGAUUUUGGUGGCCUUGGAUUAACAAACACAAUGUAUGCACGUUUGGUGGAAAUUGUUGGUGCUCAUGAUUUGGGAGUUGGAAUUACACUUGGUGCUCAUCAGUCCAUUGGUUUUAAAGGAAUUCUUCUCUUUGGAAACCAAGAACAGAAGAAAAAAUAUUUACCUUCAUUGGCCAUUGGAGAACAAAUUGCUUGCUUUUGUCUGACAGAACCUUCCAGUGGCUCCGAUGCAAGUUCUAUCCGGAGUCGAGCUGAAUUAUCUGAGGAUGGAUCACAUUACAUUUUGAAUGGCAGCAAAAUUUGGAUCAGUAAUGGAGGAAUAGCAGACAUAUUCACAGUCUUUGCACAAACACGAGUCCUUGAUGACAAGCUGGGAACUGAGAGAGACAAGGUGACUGCUUUCAUUGUGGAACGAAACUUUGGAGGAGUGAGUAGUGGCCUUCCAGAGAAAAAAAUGGGAAUUAAAGCAUCCAAUACAGCAGAAGUUUAUUUCGACAAUGUCCAAAUCCCUAAAGAAAAUAUUCUGGGAGAAAUUGGUGAUGGUUUUAAAGUUGCGAUGAACAUUUUAAACAAUGGAAGAUUUGGAAUGGCAGCCUGUCUUUCAGGAACUAUGAAAAGUUGUAUUACAGCAGCAGCUGCUCAUGCUGGACAAAGAACUCAAUUUGGUCGACGCCUUGAGAGUUUUGGAUCCAUCCAGGAAAAGAUCGCAAGAAUGUCUAUGGUCCAGUAUGUGACAGAGUCUAUGGCAUACAUGGUCUCAGCAAAUAUGGAUCAAGGAUCAACAGAAUUUCAAAUAGAAGCAGCCAUUAGCAAGAUUUAUGCAUCAGAAGCAGCUUGGUACUGUGCUGAUGAAGCUGUUCAAAUCUUGGGUGGAUUGGGUUACAUGAAGGACUUUGGAUUGGAAAGAGUCGUGAGAGAUUUGCGGAUCUUCAGGAUCUUUGAAGGGACCAAUGAUAUUUUGCGUUUAUUUGUAGCCUUAACAGGAAUCCAGUAUGCUGGUUCUCACUUGAAAGAAUUGCAAAAAGCCCUAAAGAAUCCAGCUGCUAAUUUAGGCCUUCUUGUAGAUGUUGGUGCUACACGGGCUAAAAGGAUAGUUGGUUUGACAAGUGGUCCUUCUUUAAAAGAAUAUGUCCAUCCAGAUUUGACUGAUUCUGCAGACAAGACAGCCAAAUGCAUUACUUUAUUUGGGGAAAUUGUCGAAUCUCUGCUGAUUAAACAUGGUAAAAAAAUUGUUGAGGAGCAGUUUAUUUUAAACCGAAUUGCAGAUUCAGCCAUUAACAUUUAUGCUAUGGUCAGUACCCUGUCCCGAACAUCUCGUUCACUUGAACAAAAGCUGCCUUCAGCUACUCAUGAGACUCUACUGUGCAACGUUUUCUGUGAAGAGGCCCAUGACCAAGUGAGAGAGUAUUUGAAAAUUACCAAAGACCAACAAAAAUUAAAGAAUUUUCAGAAAAUGUCUAUGAUCUCACGUGAUAUUGUGGAAUAUGGAUCAACAGCAGCAACACAUCCACUUGGAUUUUGA